CUCGCGUCCCCUCAGCGGCGGCGGCAGCGGCGGCGGCUUCUUCGGCGGGAAGAAGAGGCGGGAAGAUGCGGUGGCUGCCCGGGCCGGGCUGGGCCUGGGCCGGUCGGGGCCUGCGGUUAGGCCUGGCGGUGGCGGCGGCGGCGCUGCUGAUUCAGGCGUUGCGCGGCUGGGCCUCCUCGCGGCGCUUCGAGUUCGAGCCUGAGGAGAUCGUGCGCCUGGCUAAGCACCACGCCGGCCUGGACCACGAGCUGGCCUUUGCCAAGAUCAUCGUGGAGCUGCGGCGGAGGCACCCGGGCCACGUGCUGCCAGACGAGGACCUGCGCUGGGUGUUCGUCAACGCCGGCGGCUGGAUGGGCUCCAUGUGCCUCCUGCAUGCCUCCCUCUCGGAGUACGUGCUGCUGUUUGGCACCGCUGUCGACACCAGUGGCCACUCGGGUCGCUAUUGGGCUGACAUUCACGACACGGUCAUCUCAGGGACCUUCCGGCAGUGGAAAGAGGGAACGACUAAAAGCGAGAUUUAUUACCCAGGAGACACCAUUGUCCACCGUUCCGGAGAGGCCACCUCCAUUCAGUGGAGUGCUGGCACGUGGAUGGUCGAGUACGGCCGAGGCUUCAUCCCCUCCACCAUGACCUUUGCCCUCGCUGACACGAUCUUCAGCACUCAGGACUUCCUCACCCUCUUCUACACCCUCCGGGUUUACGUCAAGGCUCUGGCCUUGGAGGCCAACACGUACUUCAGCAGCACGAGUCAGUGAGUCUCGCCCCUCCCCUCCCACCAGCCGGUGAAUGGGUCGCCCCCUUCCCCGCCUCGUGUGCUAGCGAACCUGGUGUGGCUCCCGGUCUUGCCCAGUCCGGUGCAUCGCACGUGUGACAGGAAGCAAAGAUGGAUCCACGCCCUUCUCCGCAAAUACCUGAAUGUCCUGCUGAAAAUAGGUAUCUCACGCUGCUCACAAGGUGACGAUUCGGUCUCUCGUGGAGACCGGAUCUCCGAAGUAUUUUGGAGCCACGCAGAGAAAGAAAGUCCUGGGUGUUUUGUGGAAGGAGUGGCACCCACGUGCCCUGGGUGUCGGCGCACAGUUGACCCAAACAAUGCCAUUUGCAUGGUGGCGUGUAUCUCGUCAUGGUGGCAUUUGCCAGGCGCCUUUGGGAAGAGGCGUUGCAUCCUCUUUGUAUGCUUUGAGUAGAGACGCCUUUUCUGACGCCGUCACCAAGCUCCUCCGUUGGGUCUUUCUCUGCUUUGUUCCAAACGGGCCUCUUGACCCCCACAAAAUUGAUGGGCAGCUGAGAAACGACAGCAGAACUUUUUGGAUUGAGCCCUUAAAAGUGUACAUUUGCACUACCAUUUAAGCCAGACAAAUACUUCCUGGCACUUCUUUUACCUUCCUUCCUUCCUUCCCCACUUCAAUUUCUCAGAUGGAAAACGGGUAAAUUGGCCGAGCAAUAUCUACAUUCACCGGUUGGAAAGCCCCCAUGCCGACUGGUGUUUUGGCUGGGCUUCUGGAAAGUUCUUUCCGGCAGACUGGCGUUGUUCCCUGGGAUCCCUGUGUGUGGAUCUUCCACAGCUCUGUCUUGCUUCUCACCUGCAAAAGUAAUUUGGAAUUCCAGUUGUGUUUUCCUUGGGUCUACAACGAACCUUUUUCCGCUCACCACAAAUCAGCCAACUCUGCUCCUUUGCGGACAAUUGGUUCACCCAAGUUCAGCUAAUUUCCUCGUCUGUUUUAGGUCUUCCAAAUCAUUACAAUGACUGGCAGGGGCGAGACAUUUUCCUUUUCCUGCCAUAUUCUCCUCCUCCCACGAGAGAGAGAGAGAGAGAACUCAAAGCCCACAAGGGGUUGGUAAUUAUUGUCCACACGUACCUCACCCAUCGCAGACUAGACCUGUUUGGAGCUAAAUCCAGCCUCUUUGAGUUAGCAGGCUGGGUUGGUUAGCUCCCUUGUGGAAUUUGCACGUUUAUAUCCCUUCCAUGGCCCAGUGAGCCGCCUCGUUCAAACGGAGCUUGUGGUUUUGAAGAGAUGCUAUUAUAAUUAAGCAGUAGCUGCUGUGUAGUAGGACAGUUAGCCUUUUAGCUGCCUUUUGUGACUGGUUCUUCCUGUAUGUCUUCAUGCCUGGAGCGCCAAUAGCCAAAAUGUCUUUUUGCAGCCUUCCCUUUUUCCAAAAUGGAUUGUAGACAUUUCUCAAAAUCUCAUCCAGUUUUGGUCCUGUGAUAAUACAGAACUGCCAUCCGUCACCCGAAUUAUGCGCCUUAUUCUCUUGAGCUAUGCACGUGUGUGUGUGUGUAUUUAUAUAUAUGUAUAUAUAAAUAUAGAUAUACCUCCUGUUGUUGAUGUUAUCUGGCUGAGAACCAGUUGUUCACGGAGCUUUAAGUGAUCCCUGGAAGAAGGGGCCAGGGAUCCAGUGUGGCUGAACCUGCUUGACUCAGAAAUGGCCAAAUGUUCAGUUCUUUGACUUGAAAUUCAGGCAAUGGGACCAAACCCAGAGUUGAUUCUCUAAGCAAACCAAGGCACCUUUUUUUCCCCCUUCUAUCAGAAUAUCCUGAAAUUGCAACCAUCAACAGAGGGGUGUCACUACCCAACAAUGAAUUUCCCUUCACAUCCAGUGUUAUUAACCAGAAGAUCUUGUUUCUGUAGCAUGGAAAUUAGGCUUAUGGUAUAUCGGGGGUCAGUUCUGGACUAGCCCUGGUUCCAGAAUGCCUGAGAGAGAGGGAGAUCCUCAUCCGGAAUGCUUCUCUUUCUGGAGCAUUGCAAGUCUUCUGAAAGAGUCCUCCGUCUUCCUCAGAACCCUCUUCAGAUUGCUAGAUGGUCAAAACUUGGCUCAAUUUUGGCCCAGUCUGGAUCCUUCCUUUCUCUUCAACUUAUUUUUGCCUCGAGGGAAGAGCUGGACGGAAAGGGAGCCUUUUCCCUUCUUGCACGUUGUUGAAAUCCUCCCCUCCUUUCAUCAUUUCGCUUUUGUCCUCCCCCCACCCACCCCGGGUUUUAUACUCCAGGAGGUAGCAAUAAUGGUUUGUCCUGGCCAGCCCCAGUGUAGUUGGGGGCAGGGUCUCUGAUCCCUCCCUCCUUGCAACAGCCACGAAGACCCUGUUGAAACCCCUGUUCAACUCCCACCCCCACGGCUGCUUCAUGGAGGUCUGGUAUGGUCCAGUAGCCCAAUUCAGUGGGUUGCAUUGGCUGGCAAGUAGCCUCUACCCAUGAGAGAGCCCAGAUCCCUCCCUCUCCCUCCCAAAAUAGGGGCACCCUUGGCCUUUUCCAAUUUCUUCUCCUUUUUUUCCCCCUGGGAGUUGAUCAAUCUUACAGUUUUAGGCGCACAUAUAUUCCCCCCCCCCUUUCCUCCCACGCUGAGCCGAAACCCUCGUUCAGAUGAAAGGCAGAAAGUUUUGGCCAGCCGCUCCCUCUGAAGCCGUCCUCUGGUGUGGGCUGGCAUGGGCGGGCCAGACUUGGCCGUCCGUUGGGACCAUCGGUCAACUAUAUAAGCAUGUCCCCGGUUUCUGUUUCUCCGUUACUGCAAGUGUUACCACGUCCGACGUUCACGAAACAAGUGUUUGAGAAUCCGUGUGGGUGUGUGUGGUUGUUCUACUUCGACUAAAACAAACAAAAAUACAAUACAGUGGGCUGUGAUUAAACCUGG